AUGACCAGCAAACAAAAUCCCCUGGUGGAUCAACCCGCAGCUCCCAACAGUAUAGAGCGCAUUCCCGCGGUCGGCGCUCUUGGAAACCAGCCGAGAAUGUCGCUCGACCGUCCCGCGCGGCCAUUGACAUAUGAGCUCGCCAACCACGCGAAGGCCUACCUGGAGGCGGGACAAUAUGUCGCCGGUUACUCCUUCCUUGAUACCCUCCUGACUACAAACACGUCCAUCGCGACGCCGGCGAAACGAUAUCAUGCAUACCUCGCCCAAGCCCCGCAGCUCGCGCUCGCCUCCACACUCAUUGUAUACCCGAAUAUAACGACGAAAGCGAAGUCCGCGGAACAGAAAAGAGGCUCUGACAUGGCGUUGCGGUACCUGCACAACGUACAAUGCACUAUAUCUCCCCUACACGAGGAUCUGCGACGCGCAUUCAGUUUCCCAGACGAGAGAUCAAGGCGUGGGACUCUGGGAUACCGCGCAGCCACAGAGAGCUCACCGGCCAGUGAAAGCGACUUGGAGCGACUUACUGGCGCUCCUGCCAACGAGAACUCCCUCUGGUUUCGAGCAACGGAUUUCUGGCAUGCGGUAGGCUGGGCUUUCAACUGCUCGGUGGCACAUAAGAAGCGUUGGGAGCGGUGGAAGCUGUGGCUGGAUGUUAUGUUGAACUUUCUCGAGGCGGGAUGGGAGGCACAGGCACGGCGGUGCAGGCAACAAGACCUGGACGCCGAGGAUGCCAUGACGGAAACUCUGCUAUGGCAGUACAUCUCCAGCGAAGACCCGAUGAACCGGAGUAACAGGCGGAGAAUUAUCAGAGCUAUACUCGCUAGGGGCACUUCACAAUCUAAGAGUCUUUUCCCUGAGGUGUGGCCGCGUGAGACCGCGGAGCCGAAGCAAAUACAACUUGAUGAAAAGAGCGUGGCUGAAAUCGAUAUCGAUAACGGGAACUUGGGGGAGUUUCAAAAGGAUGAUGACGACGAAGCCAUGGCUGACGCACCUACGGCAACAUUUAGAACAUCAAGAAGAGCGACAUCCAGAAAAGAGCUGGCUGUGCAGAGUGAAGAUGAGGAUUCUGAAGAGGAUGACACGUCUGGCUCGUGUGACGCUGAGGACGCCACCAACCGCCUCGGAGGCGUGGAAGCGGUUGGUCUCCGGCAGCGUCUCAUUGUGCUCCUCGUCAAAGUCGCUCAAGCACUUCCCAUGCAAUUCACCCAUCUGGGCGAUCUGUUCGACCCCUUUACCGAGGAAUGCACCCAUCUUCCCACAAUGCUCUUUAGCGUACUCCUUUCCACAUCCAAGCUCGAUGGCCUCACUCAGACAGCCCUCAAUGCAAACCAUCUCCUCCCUCUCGUUUCUGGCCAGCUGCCCGACUACACGAAGAUCGAACCAACACAAGCGCACUUGGAGCAGUACAUGCUCCCUCGUCGCGCAGCUACCCAGAGCUACUCCACAAAUGCCAAAAUCUCCCUGAUCCUAGAGCAAAUAUUCCUCUACAUGAUGAGCAUCAAGGGACUCCACGCCACCGCCACUCUCAGGGCAGCAGUAGAGAAAGGCAUUCAGGAGAGAACCAGCGUCUAUGGCACUGCUAAAGGCAAGAAGGGUAAUGCGGCUGAAGAAGAACAGUCUAAGAUGCUGCUGGAAGCGAGCUCGAAAAGGCUGCUAGGCUUACUCGAGGUUUUGGAGAUUGCGGAGGGGAUGGCGCCACAGCCGAAGUCGGGGAGGAAUAAGAGCUUUUCGAUCAGCUUUGGGUCCGUUUCGGAACUUUCCUCGGUUCCCGGGAGUGAGGAUGAGGACAGUGAUCGCGAGAUGAGAUGA